CAAAGAGAUGCUGCGUUCGGUCAAUGAGGGGGAGAACGUCAUCUGUUUUAUGCAUUGAACUAGCUAAGGUAGCUAGCUGGUUAGCCCGAUCAGUAGCCAGCGAGCAAUUAUAUCUAAAUUAUCUAAAACAUUUGUUCUCAAACAGCCCGAGCUAUUCAUAGUGCUACAUCGUUUAGGGUGCCAAUCAUGCUUCAAAAAACACACAGUCGGUACUGGAAAAUGCUUAAAGGGGAUCGUGUGAAGUGGCUAUUUUAGCUGGCUAGUCAACACUAAAGUAGCUAGUGCUAGCUAGCUAACUAGCAAAGCUAGAAUCGUCCACUGACAGCUGAUUCGUUAAAUACCACAUUUGAACAAGGCAGAUACACCUAGGUAACUUCGAGUCUACAACAAGGACAAACGUUAAGUGGCAAUUUGGUUUCCUUCAAGAACGCGUGGCCUGAGCCAUGGGGGCUUUCCUUGACAAGCCCAAGACGGAGAAACACAACGCCCACGGGGCAGGCAACAGCCUGCGCUUCGGCCUGAGCUCCAUGCAGGGCUGGCGGGUGGAGAUGGAGGACGCCCACACAGCCGUGCUGGGGCUGCCCCACGGCCUCCCGGACUGGUCCUUCUUCGCCGUGUACGACGGCCACGCCGGCUCGCGCGUGGCCAACUACUGCUCCAAACACCUGCUGGAGCACAUCAUCAGCGCCAGCCUCAACCCCCCCGCCGCCGCCGCCGCCGCCUCCUCCUCCUCAACCACGCCCACCCCCGAGGCGGGCUUGUCGGGCCCCGCCCCCACCGUGGAGGCGGUGAAGGCGGGCAUCCGCGUGGGCUUCCUGAAGAUCGACGAGCACAUGCGCAGCUUCUCGGACCUGCGCAACGGCAUGGACCGCAGCGGCUCCACGGCGGUGGGCGUCCUCGUCUCCCCCGCCCACAUCUUCUUUGUCAACUGCGGCGACUCGCGCGGCGUCCUCUGCCGCAACUCCCACGUCUGCUUCUCCACGCUGGACCACAAGCCCUGCAACCCCCGCGAGAAGGAGCGCAUCCAGAACGCCGGCGGCUCCGUCAUGAUCCAGAGGGUCAACGGCUCGCUGGCCGUGUCCCGCGCCCUGGGCGACUACGACUACAAGUGCGUGGAGGGCAAGGGCCCCACGGAGCAGCUGGUCAGCCCCGAGCCGGAGGUGUUUGAGAUCGCGCGCGCCCCGGAGGACCAGUUCGUGGUGCUGGCCUGCGACGGGAUCUGGGACGUGAUGAGCAACGAGGAGCUGUGCGACUUUGUGCGCUCCCGUCUGGAGGUGUCGGACGACCUGGAGAGGGUCUGCAACGAGGUGGUGGACACCUGCCUGCACAAGGGAAGCAGGGACAACAUGAGCGUGGUUCUGGUGUGUAUGCCCAACGCUCCCAAGGUGUCGGAGGAGGCUGUGAGGAGAGACGCAGAGCUGGACACCUUCUUGGAGGCUCGCGUGGAAGAGAUGAUAGAGAAGUCGGGGGAUGAGGGGAUUCCAGACCUGGUUACUGUCAUCAGGCAGCUCUCCACAGAGAGCAUCCCUAACCUGCCACCUGGGGGAGGGCUUGCCAGCAAACGCAGUGUUGUAGAAGCAGUGUACCACCGCCUGAACCCACACAGGGAAGAGGAUGGGAACGGAGCAGACCUGGAGGAACCCUGGUAGCCGCCUUGCAGGUCGCCUGAUCUAAACCCAGGACUCCUUUAUACACAAGAUCAUUAUACUCACUACACCUUCCUUCACCCCCCCUUGAUACCAAGAGAUCAUUUGUACCCAUCUUAAAAAAACUGAUUUACAACCUCCCACCACACACAAACCAACAGUAAGCUGGCUAAAGAAUAGGAACUACAACAGUAGUCUGGAAUCGAAACAAAAUAUCUACUCGAGAAACCGAGACCUUAUUUCCUUUGUGUUGCUUUAUUUGUGGUCGUUGUUUUUAUGGGCCAGUGAAGAGACCCUAGUUUGGAUAUUUCUGGCCGUCCCUGUCAAACUUUGUGGUGCCUUUCUCCCAUUGGCUGAGGAUGGAGGAUCUAGCAGGCAGCCAGCCAGUAAGAGGUCUGGGACACCAACCCUUCCUGCCCAGGAUCCCAGACCCUCAGCCUCCAAGCAGCUAGUCAGCAUGCCUUUCUUUUCAGACCCCUGGACCCAGGCCCCUUCAGCCCCUGGGCCUCAGAUCCAGAUCCAGACCCCGCUAGACCCACCAGGCUUCUAGGAGGUCUCAGCCACCAGGGCCCUGUCCAGACCUUCGGCCUCGCCCCCAACCUGGUCCCCCAGUCCCUCCUUCCAGACACAAGGGGAUGGUGGGGACACAGGCUGGGUCAGGGCUGGGUCAGGGCUGGGUCAGGGCUGGGUCAGGGCUGGGUCAGGGCUGGGUCAGGGCUGGGUCAGAGCUGGGUCAGAGCUGGGUCAGAGCUGGGUCAGGGCUGGGUCAGGGCUGGGUCAGGGCUGGGUCA